UUACGGGUUUGUGGAGUUCGAUGACCCGCGGGACGCCGACGAUGCCGUGUACGAUCUGAACGGCAAAGACCUGUGCGGGGAGCGGGUGGUCGUGGAGCACACCAAGGGUCCCCGCCGCGACGGCGGCUACAGCGGCGGACGGAGUGGAUAUGGGCGCUGGGCAGGAAGAGACCGCUACGGUCCCCCUGUACGCACCGAUUAUCGGCUCAUUGUUGAGAAUCUUUCCAGCCGCUGCAGCUGGCAGGACUUAAAGGACUACAUGAGGCAGGCGGGGGAGGUGACCUACGCCGACACCCACAAGGGCAGGAAGAACGAGGGCGUGAUCGAGUUCAGGCAGUACUCGGACAUGAAGCGGGCCCUGGAGAAGCUGGACGGCACCGAGGUCAACGGCAGGAAGAUCCGGCUCAUCGAGGACCGGCCCGGGGCCAGGAGGCGCCGCUCCUAUUCUCGCAGCCACUCCAGGUCCCGCUCCAGGAGUCGCAGGUCCCACAAGAGCCGCAGCCGCAGUGAGAGCAGCAGCCGCAGCCGGUCCCGCUCCAGGGCSGGCUCUCGCUCCCGCAGCCGCUCCCACAGCAAGAAGGACAAGAAGAAGAACAAGAAGGAGGAAGAGGAGGGCAACAACGGCGCCCAGAAGGACGAGGAGCACAGCAGGAGCCGCAGCCCCAAGAGCAAGAAGAGCAAGAAGGAGGGCAAGUCCAGCAAGAAGGAGUCCUCCAGGUCCAGGUCCAGGUCCGCCUCGCGCUCCAGGUCCCGCUCCAGGUCACAGGUCAAAGAUCACGCUGGGAAGUCCGACUCCAAGAGCCGCGAGGAGCCGAAGAGCGACAACGAGGCAGGCGAGCCCGAGAGGGGCUCCCGGUCCCGUUCCCGCUCCCCCGACGAGCCCAGAGCCAAGUCCAAAUCCAAGUCCAAGUCCCGAUCCGCCUCUCCUGUUAAAGCUGGCUCCCGCUCCAGAUCCGCCUCCCGGUCUGUAUCCCGCUCCAAGUCCCGUUCCAAGUCUCGAUCCCAGUCCCGCUCUCGUUCCCGCUCCCGCUCCUAGUUCAGGUCCUGGACUGUGUCUGAUCCCCGGUCCCUGUGACCCCCCAGUCCUGUAUUUACAUUCCCCCGCCCCCUGGUUUUUGAUAAGUAGUCCCACAGGUCUCCUUGAUCCCGACCCGUUUUUCAUGAUUAGUGUUUGUAAAAACGGAGCGAAGCUCCGAGUCGUAGGAAAUUUUAUUUUUGAUUUUUAAUCAGUCGUAGAUUCAGACUCAUGUAGUCCUGGUUUUGUUUCUGAAUAAACUCUGUUCUGGUCCC